AUGGCAAAGACUCCUCUCGUUGACUUCAUCUUACCUGCAAAAAGGACAGAAACAGAAGCAAGAAAAAAGAAGGAACACAAAUCUUCCCUUCCCCUUCCCCUUCCCCCAUCCUUGAUCAGUUGUUCCAAGAGAGGCUACACCGUAAUCGAUUGUUCCCGCUCCCAAGAAAAACUCAAUUCCCUCCAAUCGGAGCUCCCGUCGCCUGAGCGUCACCUCCUCCUCAAUGUCGAUGCGAGGUCAGAUAAUAGCGUUAAGGAGCUGGCUCGAGUGAUGAUGGAAAAGAAGUUUGUACCUGACAUAAUCGGUUGGAAAUGCUGUAACGGAUGACUACCAUGAUUUCAUUGUCACAUUCGAAUACUGGUGGACUUAGGGUUUGAUUUCUGAUUCAUCUUAUCGAAGUUUACGAGUUGCAUGUGACUUGGGAUCCUCUACACAUCCAUCUCUGCAAUGCAUGAAUGCUCUUCGAGCUGCUCAAAUUGAGCAAGGGAACAUCGAUCCAUAUAGCAUCUUUCACUCAACCUUGCAAAGAUAAUUCAACAUUAUGGCAUAACAUGAGGGGUCAUUAUGUAAGUUCUCAAUCAAUCUGUUCUGUUUUUUCUUCCUAUGAACACUAACCUGGAUUAUUUUAACAGUUUGUAUCAUUGGUGCAUCCAUCAGUUAGUGUUGAUUGUUCGAUACUACAUGAUUGCUAUUAAUCAUUUGCAAUGUAUUGCUUUGGAAGAUACCUUGUUGCUUGCUUAGGUAUGUUCAUUCCAAAGACCUUGAACUUCAAAUAAAGAUUUUAUUUCUUAUCUCUGGAUCAGCCUUGCACGAUAUUUCAUUUAGUGUACAGUUUCUGUGGUGACAUUUUCUUUGUUAUCUGCCUUGU